AUGGAUGGACCACCGCCUCCACCGCCGCCGCAUGGCGAAAACCCUCAUACAACCGACGGCGAAUAUCGCAAAUCCUCGGACCUACCACAGGGUAACUACGAUAUCUUCAUCGUGCCUCCGCAUUCCGCCGGCGGAGGCUUCCUUUACCUGCCCUCAUUGCAAUGCAAUCGAAACAGUUUCCUCGCGGGCGUCGCAAGCACACUUCUCGUUGGCCUGGUUUGGACUAUAAUUUCGCCGGUCAUCAGGACAUGGUAUAUUGCUGCCGUUUCCAAUGGCAAUAGCAUGGGUAUUGUUGUGGUAGCACUUGGAGUAGGUGUGGCUGGUUGGGCCUUUGGACUGUCGCAAUCGAACGGCUUCAAGGGUAAUAAUGGUAGUAACGGCAAUACGGGUGGGGGAAGAGGAUUCGGCGGAGGGCCCGGCCUGGAGCUGGCGGUUCAAAUGCCCAUGGCCAAUCUUCCGGCGCCCAUUAUGGUGGCGGACCAGGACAACAACAAUACGGAGGCGCUGGUGUAUGCCGGCGACCAACACGGCGCCGAGUCUCCUCGCUCUGAGCCUCCACCAAAGCAGGACUCGAAUAAUCAUGGACCGGAUGGGGCCGAAUGGGAGAAGGCGCGAGAAGAAACAAAGCGCAAGGAGGAGUUGCGUCGAAAGAUGGAAGAAUUCAAACGCAAGCGUGAGGCAGAAGCCAAAGAGAAGGAGAGGAAGCGCGAACGGGAAGCAAUGGAGAAAGAACUGAAGGAGCGCCGCGAGCAGCUCGAGAGAGAGAUGGCUGCUGCAAGGGAGAAAGCGGAGAGAGAAGCCCGUGAAAAGGCUCAGAAGGAAGCGGCCGAAGCUCGUGCAAAGGCCGAGAAAGAGGCUGCAGAGGCUCGAGAAAAAGCCGAAAAAGAAGCCGCUGAAAGGCUCGCCAAAGAAAUCAAGGCUGCCACCGAAGCUAAGGCAGAGGCCCAGAGGCUCGCAGCCGAGGCGAAGGACAAAGCAGCCAAGGAAGCUGCUGAGAAGGAGGCUGCAGCAAAGGCACAGGCUCAGAAAGACGCCAUGGCCAAAUUCGCCGCUCUCAAAGAAGCUGCUGCGAAAAGAUAUGCAGAGAAGAAGGCUGCAGACGCCAAGAAAGAGAAGGAGUCUAGCAUUAAACCGCCUGCCAGUACAACAAGCGCACCUCGGACACCUUCACCCAAGAAACCACCGCCCUUUCCGAUAGCUAGGUCGGCUGUCGAGGAAGAUGAUGCAUAUUCCUUUUCGGCCCUACGACCGCCCACGUCGGCCUCCACGGCUCGCACUACGCCUCCCCCCUCACAUCGCGGUGGCUAUUCCACCAAGGAUCCAGACAAGAUUGUGAUCCAGGGUGUGUACCAAUUCACGAAUGCUUUCAACAAGACCCCAGUCGCGCAGCUUGUCUCCGGUCAAGGAAUGGUGACUGAUGGACUCGUGCUACGCAUCACCACGGAAGGUCUCUUUAUCGAUGACGACCUCCGAGGCGUCGGACAGCGCGAAUGGGACGUCAAAGCCUGGACCCUCAAGCUAGCUGAGGUAUGGUGUCCCCAAAUGGGCAAAGUCCCAUCCUCAAAGCAGGGCUCCGGCAAUCCGUUCUCCUUCCGCCGAGGCAACUCCGCGCACUCAGUACCCACUACCGAGGAAUCCGAUGCCUUCCAGGCGGCCUUCCUCAAAGUGUGUAAGAACACCUGCCGUCUGGCGUCCCCGGCGGCAUCUUUUGCCCGUAGCGCUGCGGCGAGUGGUGUCAGCGGCAGUGGUCCUUCCCAGGCAGAGUUCCGUGGCCUUCACAUCCUCCGCGCCAGCAUCCGUGACCAGGAGGGUAAACGAUAUGUUUUUGUCGUGCAGGACACAGAAGCCUGGAAAGUCGCUCUUGGACUACAACGUCUCCGCGCUGGUGCUUUGGUCCGUGCCCUCGGUGUUGCGCCCAUGCCAGCCCCAGAAUGCAAGACCAUUCUGGGUGGGCUUGGCUAUAUUUGA